AUGAAGAUGCCCUUGCAAAGGGCUCUGGUGGUCCUGGCCCUGCUGAACUUUGCCACGGUCAGCCUUUCUCUGUCCACUUGCACCACCUUGGACUUCAGCCAAAUCAAGAAGAAGCGCGUGGAAGCCAUUAGGGGACAGAUCUUGAGCAAGCUCAGGCUCACGAGUCCCCCUGAGCCAUCGGUGAUGACCCACGUCCCCUACCAGAUCCUGGCCCUGUACAACAGCACCAGGGAUCUGCUGGAGGAGAGGGAGGACGGCUGCACUCAGGAAAACACCGAGUGGGAGUACUAUGCCAAAGAAAUCCAUAAAUUCGACAUGAUCCAGGGGCUGGCGGAACACAAUGAGUUGGCUGUCUGCCCCAAAGGAAUCACCUCCAAGGUUUUCCGCUUCAAUGUGUCUUCAGUGGAGAAAAAUGGAACCAACCUGUUCCGAGCAGAAUUCCGGGUGUUGAGGGUGCCCAACCCCAGCUCCAAGCGCAACGAGCAGAGGAUCGAGCUCUUCCAGAUACUCCGUCCAGAUGAGCACAUCGCCAAGCAACGCUACAUCGGCGGCAAGAACCUGCCCACCCGGGGCACUGCCGAGUGGCUGUCUUUUGACGUCACUGACACCGUGCGUGAAUGGCUCUCUCGAAGAGAGUCCAACUUAGGUCUGGAAAUCAGCAUUCACUGCCCGUGUCACACCUUUCAGCCCAAUGGAGACAUCCUGGAAAACAUCCAUGAGGUGAUGGAAAUCAAGUUCAAAGGCGUGGACAGUGAGGACGAUCACGGCCGGGGAGACCUGGGACGCCUCAGGAAGCAGAAGGACCACCACAACCCACAUCUAAUCCUCAUGAUGAUCCCCCCACACCGGCUGGACAACCCUGGCCAGGGCAGCCAGAGGAAGAAGCGGGCCCUGGACACCAAUUACUGCUUUAGCAAUGUGGAAGAGAACUGCUGUGUGCGCCCCCUCUACAUCGACUUCCGCCAGGAUCUGGGCUGGAAAUGGAUCCACGAACCUAAGGGCUACUACGCCAACUUCUGCUCAGGCCCUUGCCCGUACCUCCACAGCGCAGACACAACCCACAGCAAGGUGCUGAGCAUGUACAACACCUUGAACCCCGAAGCCUCCGCAUCCCCUUGCUGUGUGCCCCAGGACUUGGAGCCCCUGACCAUCCUGUACUAUGUCGGGAGGAACCCCAAGGUGGAGAAUCUGUCUAACAUGGUGGUGAAGUCCUGUAAGUGCAGCUGA